AUGUUCAGAAUUCCACAAUGGCUUGAAGUGCUCGGUUUCGAUAUUUUGGCACCUGUUUUCGGAAGCGGCUCAACGAAAAAGCGAAAGCAAAGCUCCAAAAAGAUGAACAACGGCACCGUAAGGCUCGAUUUGCCCACUGAAGAUUUAAUCAGCAAAGAAGUUGUCGAUCAUGUUGGAGAAGAACAAGAACUAGAGGAACUACUUGCUCGUUGGUCGCAGUUGGCCAAUAUCUUCGAUCGACUAUUUUUCACAAUGAUCCUCUUUCUAAAUACUAUUACCACGAUACUUCUCCUACUUUUGGCUCCAAACAUGGGCGUACCAAAUAUGUAUGAAAGACAAUGGGAAUUGUAA